UGCUCCACAUCCGGGGACCUGCAGCGAGACAGCUCCUUACUGGUGGAGAUCUCUGAUGCAGUGAGCGAGCGGGACAAGGUCAAGACCAAGGUGAGGCUGCCAGGGAGCGAGGGCUGGCUGGGUUUGGGCAGGUGACUCUGCUCAUGGAGUGGGGCUGGAGGGUUCUGCAACCUAGCCCCCCAGGAAGAGGCAUCUCCCAGAUCUGGUCACCUCUGUCCGAGGCCCCAUGUCCUUGCCACUCCCAAGUGUCAUCCAGACAUCCAGAGUGCCACCAGGGAUGCCCGGGAUGUGGGGCAGGGCAGGGCUCGGAGAGGGGGUACUUGAGCCGAGCACCCUGCUUGCAGAGCUGCCUCCAGCACUUCACGCAGUCCGAGUUCUCGGUGGUCUCGAGUUCUCUGGCUGCACGACGCCUACCUGGAGAACGAGGAGUACGCCGGCCUCAUCGUGAGGAGGGGCAGGGGGCAGCGGGAGGCCUGGACAGGACGCCAGGGGGCCAUCUCCCAGCAGAUCCCCCCUGGCCCCACCUCGACCAGACUUCGAGGCUUCCUGGGAGAAGUUGCAGAAGCUGGGCGAGGGUGACAGCACUGGCACUCCGGAGUUUGCCAGGACGAAGCAGGAGCUGGAGGCGUGAGUGCCUGGGCCUGCCAGCCCUGCCCUGAUCUCUGAGCCCCGCACCCACUUGCGCGGACAGGGGGCUGGGCAUGUUGACGCUGCGCCCCUGCCCCCGGAGGGGGUACCUGGCCAUCUUUAAGAACGUGGCCACACACAGUCUUCCUGCAGCGCCUGGUGGCCCACCCCACCCUGCACCGAGACCACAACUUCUCUGGAAUAGUCAGGAUCUGAGCGUGCGGGGGAAGAGCCGGAAGGAACUCCUGGGAGGCUUUCUGAGGAACUUGAUGAAGUCUGCAGACGAGGUGCUCAUCACAGGCGUGUCGGGGCUCAAGGCUUGGCUGACGACUAUAUCCCUAUCUCAGCCGCCCUGAGCAGCCUGGGGACACAGGUUAAGCAGCUAAAGAUGUGAGGACACCCCGUGGGGCUCUUGCCCUCUUCCUGUGCCUGUAAUACUGAGUCUGUCCAGCAGGGGUCACUGUGGAUGCAUACUGUAGCUCUGGGUGGGAAAAGGUGGCUGUGGAAGCGGGGAUGGGGUGCCCAAGGGUGGGGGAUUGUAAACACCCCUAAAACCUGUACCCUAACUCCUGUCCACUGCCAUCUAGGAGCUUCCUGAAACUGGCAGAGCUGUUUGAACGGCUGAGGGUGAGUGCUGCCUUCUUUGUUAGGUCGCCCAGUGACAGGGAUGGGAGGUUGCCCUGGGGGCCCUUUGCCACAUGCCCCUGCCUGC